GUUUUGCUUUCCGACCGUUGUGACAGACCAGAAGUGUGAGCCGCUGGCUGCAGUUAGUGACAGCUGAUGUUUUCAACCUGAAAGCAGUCAAACAACCAAAUGACCCGAGGCUCGACCACCUGACGGCUGCCAUACACACCCGUCGGAGGAUAUGACAACAAGCACGAUGCAAGAAACAACGGCACAUUUCCCACAGCCUCCGUCCACAACGCUAGCCACCUAGCUAAGCUAACUGAGCCGGAAGCUAACGACGCCAGUUCGAGCCCUGUUCGAUGUGACGGCCUCACAUUUCCAGCCUCAAGCACCCUGGGUGCAGUGUUCACACACCGACUCCUCGCUGGGCUUCCGUCAUUUCCACACGCAAUGUGGCUACAGCAGAGACUAAAGGGGCUACCAGGCUUGUUAUCGAGCAGCUGGGCGAGAAGACUCCUCAUAGGGCUGCUCCUCUUCCUCAUCUUCUACUGGUACCUGGGAGCGGAGCGCAGAUGGAGGUUCUUCGGCGGCUCGGCUAUGCCCGGCGGGGCGGCGGGACAGUGCCUACAGGCUGAGAUCCACAGGUGGAACUCUCUCGUAGAGCGAGGAGAGGGGAUAUACAGCACACCUCAGGAACAACUGGAUACACCCUUUGUAUCAGGUAACGGCCAUAUUCUGGUUGACAUUGACUCUAACAAACUGUGGGUAGCGUCCUCCUCACAGCCCGGCUCGGCUCCGGUCCACCAGACUGAAUACUCACCGAGACUGGGCGUCCAUCUCGAGGGGAAUCGGGCCGAAGCGCAGGCUGCCAUGCUGUGGUUCCGGAAAGGAGCCGUGCUGUCAGUCCGCUGUGCCUCACCAGCCGCUCUGCAGUCAGCCCGGGACUGUGUCACCAUCAGAGAGGAGUUCAUCGCACACAGGAGCAGACCUAACGUCUAUCUCCAGCGGAUCCACGUCAACAACCCGUCCGACAGAGCCGCCUCCUUGGACGUUUCCUCUGAAAAUCCCUCCUUCGGUAGCAAGUUCUCCACCAGCGUGGAGAAACUGGAGGACAGAGAGAUAGUGCUCUUCUCCGGCAGAGUGCCUGUGGAGAAUAACCGGAUGGUGCUGGUGGUGGUGGUCACCAAGAAGGUGAACAGCAGGUUCCAGGUCUCCGCUAAAUCCGAGUACACUGACAACAUCCUGUCAGUGGUGUGGACCUCGGAGCCCAUCGAGUCCUCCAAGCUGGAGGAGACCUUCAGCACCCUCAGAGAUGGAGCCAAAAAGGAGCUGGGGGAGCUGCUGAGGGCCAGCGUGGAUGAGCUGGUUGUAGAUCACCAGCAGGCCUGGAUGGACCUCUUUAUUUCAGGUGUUGAAAUGAGGAAGAUCACAGACUCCCACACGCCGUCGAGCCGCACAGUGAACACCACCCUCUACUACAUCCUGUCCUCCACCACGGCUCCCCUGCUGGAUCGAAGGCUGAGUGGCGAGGAGCGAGCUCGUCUCGAGUCCAGCCUCAACUACGCCGACCACUGCUUCAGCGGCCACGCCACCAUGCACGCAGAGAACCUGUGGCCCGAGCGGGUGAGCAGCGCCGCUCAGAUCCUGCAGCUGGUCACGCUGUGGACCCUGACCCUGCAGAAGAGAGGCUGCAAGGUGCUGGUGGCGGCCGGAGCCCACGGAGCCAUGCAGGGUAUGGUUCUCAGCUUUGGCGGCCUGCAGUUCACCGAGAACCACCUUCAGUUCCAGGCCGAUCCGGACGUGCUGCACAACAGCUACGCCCUGAGAGGGAUCCACUACAACCAGGACCUCAUUAACCUGGCGGUGCUGCUGGACGUGGAGGGGAAGCCUUUUCUCCACGUGUCGGUGAAGCCGCAGGAGAAGCCGGUGAAGCUGUACGCAUGCGAGGCCGGCUGCCUCAACGAGCCCGUGGAGUUGACAUCAGAGAUCAAAGGUCACAUCUUCCCGGUGAUGGUGACCCAGCCCAUCACGCCGCUGCUGUACAUCUCCACAGACCUGCGCCACCUGCAGGACCUCCGCCACACCCUGCACCUCAAGGCCAUUCUGGCUCAUGAGGAGCACAUGGCCAACAGGUACCCAGGCCUGCCCUUCCUCUUCUGGUUCAGCGUGGCCUCGCUCAUAACGCUCUUCCACCUCUUCCUCUUCAAGCUCAUAUACAAUGAGUACUGUGGCCCCGGCGCUAAGCCCCUCUUCCGGAGUAAGGUUGCCAGCAAAAGUGAGGAUGGCUGCCGCGACAACGGGAAUGCUGCUUGAACACUACAGUGCUAUGUCCACAUUCAACAUGUGCUAGUGGUUCUGCUUGAGCUUUGGUAACAUGGGAGGUAUUAGCAUGGGUGCGCUGGUGCUGAAUGGCAUCUACUGUGGAGUGACAGCACCCACAGGCCUGCUGUGAGAAGCUGAUGAAGCAUGUAGGGUAAAACUGGGCUUGAAAAAUUAUUGUCAUUAAUUAAACUGCUCAUUUUUCUAAUCGAUUGGUCUAGAAAAGGUUUUCACAGUUUACAUAUUUAAAUCUCAUUUUGUCCGACCAACAGUACAAAACUCAAAUAUACUCUGUUUAAUAUCACAAGUAUUCACUUUUACUUAAAAAUUCCUUUAAGGAAGAAUUUGAACUAGAUGUUUUCACAUGUAGCAUAAUUCUCUAUUAAACUGGCUACACUUUGAAUCUGAUCAAACUGGAAACAUGUACCAAACACUAUGAACGGAGGGUUUUUCCUACUAAAACCAGUGAAACUGAACACAUUCACUCACAAUGGGCUGCUGUUUUGUUUUUUAUAAAAAGGAUCCAACUCUAUGCAGCAGAACCAGAGAUAUCGUCUUUUUUAUUCCAUGCGCCUAAAUUACCCACAAUGCAACGUGGGUUACAGUGGUCUGGAAACUGCACCCAAACAGAUUUUUUUUUCAUUUUUAAACAUGUAGCCUUCAACCCCACCUGGCACUGCCUCAAGUGACAUCACUUGAGGAUAUUGAUCAGCUUUCACACAGCUUCCUCUGGAGACACUAAAGGUUCUCCAAGACUCACAUAUGCAGUAAUACUCCCCAGCACCUGGAAAGAGUUUGCCUUUAACUAAUCUUGCCAGACAGCCUCAGCCUGUUAUAGGACCCCCUGUAUACUGUAUCUUCAAACAAAACAUUUCAAUCUGACUAAACUAAACAGGUGUGACAGACAGUUUUGUGCUAGCUAAACGGUGUGUUGAUUAUUUCCAACUUGGAUAUUUUGACACAUUGUACGCAAACAGCGACGUGCUCCAUGCAGCAGCACGGACGGUGAGCAGCCAUUCAGCUCACAUCUUGGAUGACUGACUGACUGAGUGGCAACAAGGCAGUCUCUUUGUAGAUUUCUUUAUUUCAAUGACACAAAAGGGCAAAUAAAUAACAAAAAAAAACCUGCAGACAGGGCUGUCUGCAGGGCAGCGUGGCUGGAAAGGGUAAAAACCACAUUGUCAUAUUUCAUAGAUACAGACUGUGGCUUUUGGGCUCGAGCUCUGGCUGGCUGAACAAGGCUCAGUUAAACUGAUAGAUAUGGUCUGAGAGGAAAGCCUCUGUGUGGAAGUUUUGUUUGCGAUUCUUUGUUUGCAGAUAAACAAUCUGAGCGACAGUUGGUGCAGUCUGUGUGUUGCUUUCAGUCCAUUUAUCGUAAGGGUUAGGUUUGAGACAAAGGAUUUCUUCAGUGGCUGAAGGCAAAAGUGUCUCUAGCUGCACACUCAGCCAGCCAUCGUAGAGAGGGUUCGAUGCGUGAUGAGUUAUACCAAUGGGGAUACAGUUUCAAGGCUUUGAUAGUGCUGCAGUUGGUUGUUCAAAUGCAAAGAGAGGUUGAGAGAAUUGAGGUCAAAUCCUCCUUACUAAUUUCUUUCCUCUGCACACUGAACUAAUCGCUGCAUAAAGUGGCUGUGAUUGUCGGGCAUCCUCUAAUUCAGUCAUUGGACAGGAGGUUGUGAAUGUUGUUAACUGAUCUGACAAGUACAUGUUUAAAGCACACUGAAGACUUAAGAGGUCCCAGGUGGUAGAGGAAAAACAAUUCCUACACAGAAGGCUUUCAAGCUGCAGUCGGUCCUUCUUUUGUCUUAUUUGCUGAAACUUUCACUAUAUCCUGACAGUAGUACAUGAGACAGAUAAACUGUGAAACGAUCAGGUUCCUCUGGCUCCUCCUAGCGCUCCUGGAACCUGAUCGUUUCAUGGAUUAUCUGUCUUAUGUAAAGUUAUUUUAUAAACAUUACCUACUGCAGCUUUAAUGUGAGUUGCACAGGAUGUUCAGUUGAGAUCAGGUUUUUUCUUUCAUUUAUCACCAUCUGUAUCUUCAGUUGCUCCUUAAGUGUAUUUAAGCGUUUCCUGUGCUGCUCUCGAUGUUUCCGAAUUUUUGAUUUUCUGUUGAAGCUUUUUCUCUUUACAUCUGUUUACUUACAUCCACAUUCUUUGUACUUUUCUCAUGCCUGUUUACCGUAUAAUAUUUACUGUUAAUUUGCUCGCUGCUAUUGCUUCAUUCAUCAAUAAAUCUUAACCCCACCCAAGAUGAUUUCAGCUUGAAAUCCAAAUAAUUUAAAUAGUUUAUUACAAGCUAAAGUAAACUACAUUUUACAAUAAGUUAUCAUCACAACUAAUACAUUAAUAAUUGGCUCAAUUACAGUUGCAUGCAUUAUUAAUAAAAUAUUAAAUAUAUAUAUUUUUCUGAAAUGUCUGUCCAAGCCUGACCUAGAGCUGCAGUUCUGGGCCCAAACAUGCUCAGUCAGCCAUGUUUUUAAAUAAAAACUAUGGUUCAUUACAACUUUGGUUUCAUCUCCUUACAGUCGGCCAUUGGUUUUAUCGAUUGCCUUAACUUUAGCACACUAGUCAUUUCUUCGAUAUGUGGACAAUGCGAGAGACAGGUUGGAAACAAACGCGAACAAUACAAUUUGAACUAUCUGUUGUAAACAUCCAUCACAGUUCACAGACCCACUCACUGUUCAGCUUUGACCUAGCAGCCUACAUUACGAGUAUUGCUGAUCUGUUGGUUUGUUCAUAACCUGUCUGACUGCUCCUGUUUCUUGCCCCAUUGGAACAGUUUUUCUUGAUGUUGUGCUCUCGUUCUCGUAACCUACCGAGGAAACUAUUUUGCCUGUAGGAUAGAGCAACGUUUUCUUAAUAUUCUUGGAACAUCCAUUUCUGGUAAAAAUACAGUGUGCGGAAUCUUCUCCUGACCUAACCAUUGUGCCUUGAUUGCUAUUAAUGUUAUUGUUUGAAUUCACAUUUCAGCUUGACAAAAUAUAAAAUAGAAGCUUUUAAAAGAAGAACCUUCUAAAGGUUCUGUAAAGGGCGUUUAAACUACCUUCUGGGAACAUUUCCUGAAGGUUACCGGUUUGCUGGGUAUGGAGCCGAUGACCAGAGCUACUAAACUAACCCAUUCAUAAAAAUCUGUAUUUCUUUAAAUACUAAAUCAACAUUAGAUCACCAAUAAAACUACACAUUUCUGCAUUUGUGACCACACCCUAAUCAGUGAUGUCACAGUGGGUAUUAGCCCCUGACAGCAUACUGAAAAAACUCGCUGGAAGGUUUUAACCCAUGAGUCAGUGCAUGCUUCUUUAUUUUUAAAGAUACACUUUCUGAGUAGGGACUGCAGUGCCCAGCAUACCUUUAAUACACAACUGUGCUUCAUAACAUGCUUUUACUAUCCUGAUCACUCUGGCCACUGUGAACUCAUCUAAAUGUAUACAUCACACAGGUAAAUGAUUGUUAAUGGCAGCCUUUCUGUGUAGAGGUUCUUAUUGGCUGUUCCUCAUAGUUCUCAGAUUUGAAAAAAUAUGCAACUUUUUAUGUCGAUCAACUUUAUUUGAACCUAAUUUUAAGAUCUUUAUUAAAUCGGAAUAGGUAUAAGUUACGUAUUCUUUGUGACUCAGCGUAUUUAAGGAUUGUUCUAUUUCAUUCUGUUUGUGGGUUGUAUUCGAUCUUUCUUUCAUGUCAACUACUGUGUGUGCCUUAAUGAAGAAGUUAAUUUAUUGAGCUAAUGGCUAUAGCCAUAAUGGGAUUGGAUUGUACUUGAAUGGUUUGUGAUGAUAUAAAAUGGAAGUUAAAAGCUAAAGGUUUGAUCUUGUCUUACAUUGGGGAGAAUAAAUCACUGAAAAAUUG